AUUGAGCUUGGUCUUCAAGGCAAAAAGGAUAAUCUCACAUUAUGGUUGUUUGGAAAUGAAACAAAAGUUGUAAAAAGACUAAGUCUUAAUCAGUGGCACUCACUCUGCAUUACAUGGUCUGGGAAACAGCAAACAUUGCAAUUAUAUAUUAAUGGAACUAAGGUGGCUUCUAAAUAUUUAGAAGCUAAAAGCCCCACUCAUUUAGCCUCAGGUGGAACGCUCACAUUGGGGAGAUCUCACUUUGUGAUGGGAAAAGGAGUGCAACCAGAGUAUGGGAACAGCCUCAUUGGUGACAUUAGUCAGUUUAGGAUUUGGUCCAAACAGUGGAGUGAAGAAGAGCUUCAAAGACAAGAAUGCACUGAUGCAGAUGUGAUCAGCUGGGACGAACGACACUGGAAGUCCGACUGCUCUCCUCCGAAUGACCACCACCUUAAAUGUAACUGGUCAUGGUACAAGGUCAAAAUGAACGUUCUGUAUCAAUAUGUUGGUGGAAUGUACUCAGUUACAUUUUUGAGAAAUGCUACAGAGCAGUGGUUGAAAAGCGUUUUUCCAAGCAACGUUUCUAUCUCUGACACCUAUGUCACACCAAGCUAUGCAUGCAGACAAGUUAAUAAUUCAGCAGUGUUAAAUGGACAGCAAAGGCAGGAAUCACACUACUCGACUUCCAUUGGCUUUACAUGUUAUCUUGUCAAGCUCACUGUAAAAGUGGAACCUGCAGCUGAUGUGGGACUGGUUCAAGCAGAAAUCACAGCGAAGCUCAGUUUUCCAUUUGCCUCUGACUUCCUAAAUGCACAGCCCGACCCUGAGAGCAUUCUAGUGUUAUCUGCUGAUUCAUAUCCUGCUGUGACAGAUAGACCAUCAACAGUCAACACAGUCAGUUCAUCAGACAAAGCUGAUAUAUUCUUUAGAGUGAAUCUAGUAUUAGGAAUAACUGGAUUUCAUUCAGACCCCCUGCUUUUUAUAAAGACAUGGGUGAAGGAAAAGUUGAUUUACAGCAGCACCAUGAAAGCACUGAACUUUCUAAUAUCAGGGACUGCUGCCAGCAAUCUUGUCCUGUACAAUGGGCCUUUGGCUCCCAUUGAACAACAAAAACAAUACAUUUGUAACUUCCACGUACAGGAAGAUUACCUCUACAGUGUUUCUGAGGUUCAAACCUAUAUUGAAAACACCCUGAAUGUUUUAUUUUCAAAUGAGUCCAUCACUCUUCAAACAGUUAGUCUGAAGACAAAGCACAUAGAGCCAUCGGACUGCUUAGAAGAGAGAACAUCUACAAUCUAUGGAAAAUAUUUUUGGGCUAGAACAUUUCCUCAGGACAUUCAAACCAUGAGAUGCCAAGACCCACCUCAAGAAAAUGCAUAUAGGCUUUGUAAGUUGGAGAUCAGCACUGACACAACUAAAUGGGCUAAAGCUGAUAUGACUAACUGCAACCCAAGAGUGACCAUACCCCAAAUAGAAAAUGUCACUGUCACUACAGAAAAUGCGGGUGAGGUUGUGGAAACCAUUCAGGACUUGGUUAAUGAGCAGCUCAGUAAUUCCUCUCAGCUCUCCCCCGAUGACCUGACCACUGUGGUGGGAAAACUCAGUGAAGUAGUGGACGUGGGCUCAAACUCUGAGCUUGGAGCAAACAUUGUGACUAUUGUGGCUGACAUUCUUAUUUCCAGUACAGAUGUUACUACGAUCUCCAAUGUAGUGUUGAAUCUGACGUCAAAGAUGGGAGAUACUCUGGAUUUCCACGGCACUGCUGAGACUAUUGCUGCUCCAUCUGUGGCUCUUUCUUUGUGCAACGUGGAAACACAAGGAUUUAGUGGCCUCACGUUUGGUGUAUCCUCUUUGUCAACAAACCUGAAGCCACAGGUGGGUCUCUAUAUAAACCAAUAA